GCCCCCUCUUCCCUUCUCCCGCGGCCGAGGAGCGCGGUGGGCGCAGCUGGGACUGUCCCCUCCUGCCGGGGACUGUCCCCUCCUGCCACCGCGCAGCCGUCCCCGGCUCAGGCUGCUCCCUGCUCGCGAGCAGCUGCGCCGGAGCGGCUUCGCCUGGCCGAGCAUCCUCCCGCCCGUGCGGAUGAGGACGGAGGGAGGGAGCCGGGGGCCGCCGGCAUCCGCCCCGCCGGUACACGCCGGGUGAGAGCAGCCCCGGCACAACGGGCUGAGCAUCCUCGGGGGGCUGCGGAGCCCCCGCUUCCCUGGGGACCAGACCCUCUCCCCGGCCACCAUGGUGGUUUUCAUGGGCAGGAACCUCUCCUCGCUGCUGGCUUUCUUCAAGAAGAAGGGCGCUGCCAAGGGCGAGGGUGAGAAGCGGCUGAGCGUGCAGUACACGGCGGGCCAGGAAUGUCCCGACAACGUCUUCUUCCCCAGCACGCGGCCCCCGCACCUGGAGGAGCUGCACAACCAGGCCCAGCAGGGGCUGAAAUCCCUGCAGCACCAGGAGAAGCAGAAACAGACCAAAAGUGCCUGGGACCACGGGGACACCAGCAGCCUCCAGUCCUGUGCAUCCUCGGAGGAUGACAGCCUGUCCUUCCGGAGCCGGGCAGCCUCCUGUGCCACGGACAGCGCCUCUGAGGAUGCGCUCUCCAUCCGCUCCGAGAUGAUCCAGCGCAAAGGUUCCACCUUCCGACCACACGACUCCUUUCCCAAAUCUUCAGAGAGGGCUGGCAAGAAGAGGAAGGAGAGAAGGACGACAGUGCUGGGCAUCCCCCAGCACGUCCACAAGGAGCUGGGUCUCAGGAACAGCCAUGGAGCCAAGGGACAUCCCGAGGUGGACGGGAGAGGGCCGGCAGGCCGUGGGGACAGCCAGGCAGUGCAGCCCCUGCUGAACGGGGGGCAGGUGUCGGGUGAUGCCAUCCGCAUCCCCACCAUCGACGGGAAGCUGCAGCCCCUGCCCGCAGCCGGAGGCGCCCGCGUCUGCCUGGGAGUGCUGGAGGAGGCCGAUGCAGCCCUGCAGAAGCACAUCAACAAGGUUUACUACGACGACAGCUUGCUGGGGAGGAAGACAGCGGCCAAGCUGUCACCCAUGGUGAGGCCGAAGUCACUGGCCGUGCCGGGCAUGACCACCUACGCCAACCCCCCGGAGAUGCUGGUGGGCCCCGUCAUGUCCAUCUCGCCCCAGGGCACCUACAUGUCCAAGAUCAUCCCCAACGCCAUCCUGCCGCCCAUGGUGGACGUGGUGGCCCUGACGAGCAGCAGUGUGCGGACGCUGAGCCGCUGCAGCCUCGUGUCGUCCAGCCCGGCCUCGGUGCGCUCCCUGUCCCGCUUCUCGGAGCGCGGCCCCCGCAGCCGCGAGCCCUCCUCCUCCAGCGACAACUGGAGCCACUCGCAGUCCACGGAGACCAUCGUGUCCAACAGCUCCACCAUCUCCUCCCAGGGUGGCUGUGACCACCGGCAGCCCGAGGCGGGGCCGCACGGUGAGGUGGACACGGCAGCUCGCUCCGACACUGACCAAAUCAGCAUCUACAGCUCCACCAGCUUCGCCAGCUCCUGCUCCAAGCCCGCUGCCGGCCUUGCUCCUACAGCCCCCGGGCUCCUGGGCGUGGGCAGCGGCCGUGCAUCCCCUGCCUACAGCACGAGCAGCCAGGCGGAGGGCUCGGACACGGCCAGCCUGGCCAGCGAGCGCUCCUCCGCCCGCAGCGUGUCCCUCAGGAAGAUGAAGAAGCCCCCGGCCCCUCCCCGCAGGACCUACUCGCUGCACCAGAAGGCUGACGGGGAGCCCAAGGUGCUGGGGCUGCCCCCCAGGCCCGAGCGGCGGCCGCAGCGGGAGAGCAGCGCGCCCUGGUCCCCGCGCCCCGAGCCCUUCAGCCCCACGGGCGAGGAUGAGGUGUUCUCCCCAGCGCUGAGCGAGACCAGCAGCCUCCGCUCCGAGAGCCUGGCCGGCGCCAGCUCCCCCGAGGCCCCUCGGGGCCGCCCCGGGGUGACGGUGGUGCUCAGGGAGCCCCAAGCUCAGGCCAAGUGGAGCUGCCCCGAUGGCUCUGACCGCACCAUGUCCCCCUCCAGCGGCUACUCCAGCCAGAGUGGGACGCCCACACUGCCCACCAAGGGCUUGGGACCCCCAGCCGUGUCCCCGGGCAAGUCUCAGCCCCAGAAGCCAGACCGGGUCUGCUCCCUGCAGUCGCCUGCGCUCUCCGUGUCCUCCUCCCUCACCUCCAUCUCCUCCUCGGCCUCGGACCCGACCCCCCCUGAGGUGCUGACCACUCGCUCAGACCGGUUCAUCAUCCCACCGCACCCCAAGGUUCCUGCUCCCUUUUCCCCUCCACCCACCAAGCCCCAGCAGCCCCCGGCCCCCGCCGGCCCCCUGCAGCCCUCACAAACCCCCCCAGCGCCCAGCACUGCCGGCCAGGAGCCCUCGGCCAAGCCCAGCGGCAAAUCCCCACCGCCAUCACCGCCGCCUGCCUACCACCCGCCUCCCCCGCCGGCCAAGAAGGUGGAGGGGCGCCCCCAGACCAGCAGCGAGCCCCCCGCCGACCCCGCCUGGCCCCCGCCACCGCCGCCAACCCCCGAGGAACACGACCUGUCCAUGGCAGACUUCCCCCCUCCGGAUGAAUCCUAUCUCUGCAGCCUGCCCGAUGCCACCUCGGCCCCGGCGGACGGGCAGACGGCAACACCGAGCCCGGCGGCUGCAUCUUCACCAUCUCAGCAGCAAGAGCCACCCACCGGGGCUCCACAGCCUCCACACCCCGCCGAGCCCCUUCCCACAGCCCCCGUGCCGCCGCCACCACCGCCGCCUCUCCCGCCGCCCUCGGCUCUGGCCCUGCCGCCCCAAAUCAGCCUUAAGAAGGCGGCCAACGGCCCCCGGGCGGAGGCCAAGAAGGAGCCGGUGUCGCGGAGCAAGAGCGGCCCGGCGGCCAAGGAGGACGCCAGCCUGCCCAUCGUCACCCCCUCGCUGCUGCAGAUGGUGCGGCUGCGCUCCGUCAGCGUGGAGCCCGCGGCCGGGGCCGGAGCCGGGGCUGGGGCCGGGGCUGAGGAGCGUCCGGCCCCUCAGAAGCCGGUCCGGCGCUCCCUGUCCAACCGGCAGCCGCCUCCUGCCCAAGAUGCGGUGCCUUCCAAGCAGCUCCACCACGCCGUUCACCUCAAGGCCGCCGCCUUGGCCUCGGCAGAGGCCGCGGAGAAGCCGCCGGGCGGCCGAGCGGCCCAGCCCGGCCCUGAGGGGCCCGCCGGGGAUGGGCAGCUGUCCCCCAGGAGCAAAUCGCCGGCCUCCACCGCCAGCUUCAUCUUCGCCAAGAGCUCCAGGAAGCUGGUGAUCGAGACGGCCUCGUCCCCCGAGGCACAGGCCGACCUGAAGAGGAACUUGGUGGCCGAGCUGAUGAAUUUCUCGGGGCAGCGCUCGGCAGCCCCGGCCGCUGCCGCCCCGCAGGGCCCGGGGAAGGCGCAAAGCCAGAGGAAACCCGGCAAGAUCCCCCCUCCAGUAGCCAAGAAGCCUUCGCUGGGCUCGGGGCCGGCUCCUUCCCCAAAGGCACCGGGGACAGAGGCGUUGGGCUCCCCGGUGCUGGACGGGGAUGCCAAGGUGGAGGAGAGCAGGACUAAGAGCGAGCUGGCGGGGACGGAGGGCAGGAACGGAGCGGAGCCACCGGCUCAGAGCCUCCCUGCACAAGACAGACGGGGAGAGACGGCCUGAAGGAUGACACUGCAGGACUGGAGCCCCCAUGGACAGGAAUCCAAAUCUCUCAGGGACCUGGGCAGGUCAACGGAUGAGUGUGGAACUGGCAACUAACUUAAUACAGGAAGCAAACAGCCUUAGCCUCCACGGCCUUGAUGAUAUUUAUGCAAAAAUGGUGUUGGUUUCACUUUCCUAAGUACUACAGCUUUAUUUUGCUUUUUUUUUUACUGAACUCGAGGCCCGUGCCCAGAGCCAGCACCUCCUCCCUGCCAAGCUGAUGCUCGGUGUGGGUGUGUGGAGCUGAGCAGCCACACCCAGAGGAGUUUGGGGGCCAAAGACACCGGAGCUGGGGCCAAAGACGCCGGAGCUGGAGCCACCGCUGCUGGCCCUGCAGGCCCACGAGGAAUGGAAGCACUUUGGACAAAGAAUGGGAAGGCUUUGGCCACAACAGCACCUGAGGAGAUGAAAACAGGAACAGGAGGGGGAUGGAGGUGCUGGCUGGGAGGGAUCAGGGCUUUGGCUCUUGAUGGAAAGGCCAGAGGGGCUCAUGGCCAGCACAGGCUCUGGCCACUCACCACUGCCCAGCAGGAGGAAGGGCCUGGCUGCCCCUCGAGCUGGCCCUGGGCUCUGGGGUAGAGCCUUGAUUCUGUUUCUGUAAACUCGGGUCACAUUUUGAUUUCUUUGAUUGUAAAAAAAAAAAAAAAAAAAAACCAAACAAAACAAACCCAACCAAACCAAACCAAACCAAACCAAAAGCAACUGACCCUCUGCCGCCGAGUAGCUGCUCAGAGCUCUGUACCUGGCUGGUAAAAAUGAUGACCGAA